GCCUGCUGCCUUUCCCCCCCGGUGCCGCUGUCCUUCCUGCUGGAUGCCGGGAUAUAUCAGGAAACACGUAUGUAAUGCCAAAAUGAUUACUUAUAUCCAUCAUUUUGUUUUUAUUGAGCCUUUUUUAAGUAUCUUAGUAAAGAACGUUGUAAUUAAUAGUUUUCUACAGUGGCUUCAUAUAGAAGUUUUUUAAAAAGACAAAAAAUAAAUUAUAGUUUUGUUUACUUUUUUCCCCCUCAUAAAUGCGAUGUAUCCUACCCUGACCGUCUUUAUUUUAUAUAUAGGGCUUAUAUUCCAAGAUGGCGGCUUCUAGCAGUCACAGUGAUGUCAUCAAAGAGGUGCUGGUGAGGCAGGUUUGUAACGCGCGUGCUGAUUGGUAGCCGGUAAAGCCUCGUGCAGAUUCCUGCUCUUGCCCUGCGGUAGCUGCCUGCUUUCAGUGGCAAAAUGCUGCACCUGGAUGUCAAAUAUAUGAAAAGUACCCCGGGGGUUUUGGUGGUCGUGGCCUGCGCAGCCUUCGCUGGUGUUUCUUGCAGUGGAUUGUCCGUGUCCAUCUUCUCUAUCGAGAGCCUGAUGAGCGGCUCCCUCGCGUUCCUCUACGUCACCAAACUCCAUCAAAAGUUCACCUGGUUCUCCUGGCCGGCCGUGGAUUUCAUGAAUUCGGUAAUCGGAGUGCUGUAUAUGAUAUCAAUCUCUACCGCGGCCGUCUACCACGCUGGCACCGUGAAGAUGUAUAUCGCAGGGGUAGUUUCGUUUCUCACUUUUAUUUGUUACGUGGCCUCCACCGCCGUGGCUCUGAUGACCGUCCCGCUCAUAGAAUUCCUCUGGGCUCUCUUUACUUUCUUCGCGUAUUCCACUAAACUAAAUGAGCAGAUGAAAGGACUUCUGUGGCCUCUGCUGGACUUUAUCCGCUGCGUCUCGGCCGCCAUCAUAUACUUUGUGAUUUCGCUCGUGGCCGUUUCUAAAUACACGUGUGGAGCUUCCAAAGCAGCCGCCGUCCUCGGCUUCGUCGCCACAAUAGUUUUCGCCUUUGAUUUCUACCUGAUCUUCAACGACUUGACCAAGUUCCUCAAGAAAGGAGAGCCCGCCGGAGAGCCGGAGGCGCAGAAAUCAGACGAUGAAGAAUUUGAUUCAGACUCGGAUUAAACGUGAACUUUACUGCUCCUUUACUGCAACCAUCCGGAGUGAACUUUGGGUCGUUUCAAGUGUUUGAACUUCAUCUCAGGCGCAAAAUAAACCGGAUUGCCGCUGCAGUGGUUGGAUGUGGAAGAUACUGAAAUUCUCUCGGGACCCCCGCUGGACGUGACUGCGACGUCCCACACACUGCAGCGGUAACCCAGGGAAGGGACCAAAUAUUUAACCGUCACAGAAUUUUGGAAUUUUACUGCCUUAAUAGUAUUUUUGCCUUUGAAGCCAUAAAGUGUGGGUC